AUGACCGAUAAUACAUUUCGACAGUCCAAGGCUGUUUAUAUCCCUGAGGUGGACGUGGAAGAUCUUGAGGGCUACACUAUCGGUGGCUACCAUCCGAUCGUUAUUGGAGACACUUUCCAAGACGGCCGAUACAAGAUUGCCCACAAGCUUGGCUUUGGUGGCUAUUCUACAAUUUGGCUGACCCGAGACAACACAUUGGAUCGCUAUGUCUCACUAAAGGUCUUGGUUGCAAGCGAAUCGUCAAAAAAUACUGAGGCAAAUAUCCUUCGCCAACUUCAAAGCGUUGACACAUUGCACCCAGGGCAGCGGUUCAUCCCUCAUUUACUAGAUACAUUCUCUAUCGAAGGCCCAAACGGACGACAUACCUGCCUUGUACAAGAAGCGGCCGGCUGCAGCGUCGCUGCAUCCAAAGAAGACUCGGUAGCCUUCAUGUUUCCGACCGAGACCGCGAGGUCCAUUGCAGCUCAGUUGAUCAUGGGUGUGGCGUUUUUGCACUCACGAGGCAUAUGCCACGGAGAUUUGCAUCCAAGAAAUGUUCUAUUUCGCGAUCCACAUGUCGGCAAACUCAGCCCUGACCUGCUCUGCAAGAGUUACCGUUUGGAUCAAGCCCCUAUUAGCCGAGUUGAUGGCGCUGCUGUCGAACCUCAGGCGCCACCAUAUGCCGUCUAUCCAAUGCACAUGAAAAUGGCCGCCGAUAAACUAACAGACCCUAUCAUCACUAUAUCCGACUACGGGACAUCUUUCAAUCUGGCUACUGAACGCUCCCCCGAGCUACAUACGCCACCACUCUACCUGCCCCCGGAAGACUUUUUUCAGGAACCCAUCACAUUGGCGGCGGACGUGUGGACGCUUGGCGUUAGCUUAUACGAAGUUUUGGGUGAAAGGCCUCUCUUUGAAACUUUUCAUGGCGACCGAGACGAUAUUAUCGCCGAUAUCAUCAGCACACUGGGGCAGCCACCCGCGCGUUGGUGGGAUAAAUGGGAAAGUCGAAAAGAGUUUUUUAAGCCAGAUGGCUCCUGGAUUCAUAACCUCCAAAGAAUCUACACGCCUGUUUUCCGACCGUUGCAUCAACGCAUGUGGGACAUGGGACGUGGCAUGACACCCGAGACUUGCGAAUGGGAUGUUGAAGGAGGGGAAAUGCAGGCCUUGGAAAAGCUGCUAAGGAGCAUGCUGGCAUUUGAACCUGCAGAACGGCCUACGGUCGAACAGCUGAUGAGAUCAGAGUACAUGGUCAAGUGGGCGAUUCCAGCUUGGGAGCGGCAACUAGAGAGAACCAAAAAUGCAUAG